AUGCAGCGCGCACCAGCAGCCGCCUUCGCGCUCGUCAGAUCCGCCGUCCUGGGCCACGUGCGGCUACCCGUGGCGCCCUCCUUCUGGUCACGCGUCGGCAGCGCGCCGUCCGGCGGAGCCCCGAGCCGCGGGUUCGCGGAGUCGGCUGGCACUUACCUCGACAAGGACGCGGUCACGGAGCGCGUGCUGAACGUAGUUAAGAAGUUCCAGAAGGUGGAUCCGAAACUGGUGACCCCCACGGCGUCCUUCCAGAAGGAUCUGGGGCUGGACUCGCUAGACGGGGUGGAGGUGGUGAUGGCGUUUGAGGAGGAGUUUGCUGUCGAGAUCCCCGAUGCCGAUGCCGAUAAAAUCCAAUCCUGCGCCGAUGCCAUCGCUUACAUUGCGUCGCACCCACAGGCCAAGUGA